AGUUUUUCAGCUCUGACCGUCAAGCGUGAAGGGGUAGAAUGCAAAAACAUAGACUCAUGCUGCCGUCUCUCCUUUCUCCUUUCCCCCGGGAAUCCCGAAUCUCCGGAGAGCCGGCAGGCUAACAUUGAACUUGCCUACUGCUCAAAGUUUUGUGAUCACUUGUGAUGCACUUUGGCGGGAUUCUCAGAAAGCGGCGGUACAUUUGCCGAUUAGUUCUCUUGUUGAUUGUUAUUAUUUCGUUCUCAGAUCUGUUACUAUGGUUGUCGUAUCAAGAUGGUCGAGCGAUAAAAUGGGAUUUUAGCUCACAACAUAAACUGACAUUUCAGGAGAUCGGCCUAAACAAGUGUCCGGCAUGUUUUGGCAUCAACUUAUCAAUUUGUCACAAGCUACUUGGAGGGGGAGUAACUGUGAAGUCCAAUACACCAUGGUCUGAAGAGAGGAUUAAAGGCGUCUCAUACGGCUUGUGGGGUGCUGUCAAACAGAGAGUUGUUUUGAAAACUCUCGGAACUUCAUCUGAGCUUACUGCCUUUGACAAUGAAAUUUGCCGAGGUGUGGGAAAAGACUCUAACUGUAAAAUAAGCCAGGAAGCGUGGGACUCGGAUGUUCUUGUGCCAAAACCGCCGCUACAAGAUGCUGUAAGAAAAUACUUUGAUUGCCCAUCAACCCGCUUCCUAGAAAAAAUAGAAUCUGUUUAUGGCCAGGAGACACCUGGACAACUAUCAUUGGUUGAAACAAUACAUCUCAUUACUGGACUUCAUUUAAACCCAGAGUUGCUCUUACUUCAGAUAUUCAGGCAAGAAGAAGGCUGGCCAUUUCCACGAUUUUAUGGAGUUUGUGGUAGAAUCAUGGUUGUUGAGGACUCUGGACCCCCUAUAUCAAGUUUUCUGGAGGAAUCAUGGGAUGUCCGUGCACAAAUUGCGGUGAAUCUGAUCACACUUGCUCAUCAACUUUCAUCUGCCCUUGAUGAUUGGGCCUUGUAUAUAGCUGAUCCAGCACCAGGAAACUUUGGUGUGUCAGACUCAGGAAAAGUCACCCUUCUUGACUUGGAACAUCUUGUUGUAGUGGAUUUGAGUGAGGUACAGAUGGAAGAAGCUAAUGACAAACCCAAACCUAGUGACUGCAGCCAGCCAGAUUGCCUGUCAUUCAGCCCAAGUGACAUGUGCUCAGGUGGAAGUCGGGAUCAUAACUACUAUGCGAUAUGCCAAGGAGUCUUGGCAGGGUCAUCAAGGAGACAAGGUCUUCUUCACAACCCACCUGUUGCCUUGAAAGCUUCACUAAAUCAGCUACUGCAGGAUUGUACAGCGCAAGAUAUGAGGAACACUAGGGAAGAAACUGCCCAAAAACUGAGUGAACUAUUACAAGGAUACUUAUAAUCAGUUUUGUGUCUUAUGUCUUGAUAUUUUAUACAUACUCAUUUUAAAAGUUUGUUGUAAGUAUACUUUUGUAUUACUUCAUUUUUAAAGAAAAAUUAAAAUCUACAUAAUAUAUAUUUUUAAAUUCAAUCACCAUAAUUAUUAAAAAUAAAUUAUCAAGUAUUACUUGUUCUCUUUGAGAGAAAUUUA